AUGCCUGUCGAGGGGAGCGCUGACCGCGGAGUCACCGCUCGGAUGGCUAAUAUACGCCGAAAACCAGUCUCAUCUGCUUUCUAUGCCAGCGAUUUUCCACCUAUCUUUGCGCCUGAUUCUCCACACCCUCAAACGGCUGAACGCGAUGGAGCCCGUCUUUCUCAUCACUUACGAUUAGAACUCAACAACUCUUCGGAUACGACCCUCUAUGGUGGGGAUCCGGUAACGGCUGGAUCAGAAAGCCAUGUUAGCUUGCUAGAUGUCUACAAUAGGACUACAUCACUUGAAGCCGGGUCUCAAAGUCCAGAUCCAGCAAUCACGGAGUCGAGAACCACCUACGAGGCAAGCUACAUCGAAGACGUCUCAGAGCUGCCUACCGAUGACAAUCAUUCCGGCAGAGAUGUUCAACCUGCAAAACCCAGACCUCAAGGGAGCUCAGACAAUUACCCGACUAGGCAACUGUGGACUCCAAUCUGGCUGAAGAAGAGAACACUGGUUGCGUUCGUUGUGCUCUACAUCAUUUUGCUCUUGAGUGUUAUUUUGUUGUGGCACUUCUCCAGAGAUAGAGAUGGGUUCGCUCCUCGCAUCUCCACAAACCACUAUACUUGGACCUAUGGACCUACUGCGGUGCUCGUUAUUGUCGUUGGCCUCUGGCGUCAAGUAGCGUACUACUCUUCAGUUCUAGCUCCCUGGCAUGAGAUGAAGCGAGGCGCAGAAUCCUCAAGGAGUCUCCUUCUUGGCUACGUGUCUCCUUUUCAGGUUAUAAUCUUCUCUACCGGCCUCUUGGUACUAAGUCCUAUCGUGGUGACAAACUCGACAUAUCCGAUUGAAGUCAGAACAGAUCUUGAUGUAACAUCACUACCCAUAGAUGAGUAUCUCGCUUACCCAAGUAUUGGAGCUAAAGCAACGUUACCGCCCAAUUCAGAAAUAUCUGUGGAGGCUGAUGUAAUGCUACCUCAAUUUGACUGCGAAGCCGCGAAAGCUAUUCCUGGGGAGCAAUACUCGGAGACAGGCACUGGGCCUUACUAUCAUAAUUUUACAACCUUCGAAGCUCCUUCUUGCGUUGUCAAAAACGUAUUCUUUAGCAACCUGAGUUUGGGAAACCAGACCUAUCCCUCAAGGCAAAUCAUUGGACAUUUUUUAUUGGUCGAUUGCAUAUCUGGUACUAUAUACUACACAGAGACCGGUUCUCCUCUUCUACAAGGGCAAAAUGACGUUGGAUUUAUGGCUACUGUAGCCGAUUACCGAUACAUGCAGACUCCGGCUUAUCAGACUCAUGGAGAUUCUACCUCCUUUGAAGAUAAUUCAUUUUGGGUGACUCUUGACCGCGCCAAUGGAGUCAUCUGUAAACCAGCUUAUUCGAUAAUCAAGGCAAAUGUCACCUACGAUACUGCCAAGCAGGACGAGAGCGAUCGAUAUUCCAUUUCGAAGCCGGAGGUGCCGGCUGGGAAACGGCUGGAAAACUCUACGGUGAAUGAUUUGUCCCUUGCUCUAUGUUAUGCAAUCGAUUACUCUCAGGGAAUAAUUGGCGGUCAACAACGUCGUCUUUCCACAGAUAUUGUAGAGGAGUGGCCUGAUAUUCUCUCCAGGUUGAUGCUUUUGACGCAGGGAGAAUCAAGUCUUGAAGUUUUCUUGGCUGACAUAGAGACAAUGAAGAGUGCUGCUGCAAAGACAUUGUGUGGGAUUGCUUCGCAGUACGCUCAGCAGUUCUUGCUCAAGCCAGCUUCAAAGACCAGCAUAGCCAGCUUCCGAAUUCAAGCAUCCGAUACCCAGCCAAUGCCAAAUAUCGCAGAGGUACCAUCCAAGAGCAGCCAUUGGCAUCAUCCAAUUGCUAUCCAAAAAGGCUUCAUUGCAGGCGUGCUACCAUUACCGCUGAUCUUCAUAGCUGUUCUUGAAGGCUUGCAACAUGCCUCAGAUCACCACAAUGGCUUCUUGCCUCUACAGCGAGACACCGCCCAUGAGUCCAGUUCUAUAAACAUCCUUAUACGCUAUAUACCUGCAUUUGUUGUGCUACUACUGGCCACCUUGUUCAACAUGUUAGAUUUUACUGUUACAACAUUCACCCCCUUCAGUGCUCUGCGAAGCGGAAGUUCAGCUGCUCGGAGAAGCAUUUUUAGUCAGCUUAUGAGCAGGCCUCCUCCAGUCGCCUUGUAUAGGGCAGCCAUCGAUCGUCAAUUUGGGGCGCUCUUUUCCAAUAUUGCCGGCCUUGCUGGGCCUCUACUGGCUAUCAUCGUGUCUGGACUACUUAUCAUUGAAAAUUUCAGUGUCAGCUCGAACGUUACCGUCCAACAACUCGACUCAUUUAACAUCAAUACACACAACGCUGAUUAUUUCCAUGCCACAGAGACAAUCAGUAUCGCGGAGAAAGUCAGUAUGAUGGAGAUUUUCAAUCUGUCUUCCCCUGCCUUCACGUACAAGGAUUUAGCAUUUCCCCACAUCGAGCUUUCAGAAGAAUCGAUGGGUCUUGUCAAGGCUGCGAGCGCAACCGGUAACUCUCAUCAAAGCUCCGUCAACCACAACGUUGUUUUGGUCAAUACUUUCCGUACCGCUUUGACUUUGAUAUUCCUUACGAGGAACAGCCUGGAUCCCCAAAUUUUUCGCCCCGACGCAUUGUACUUUGUCGGCACGAUCAGCGGCACUUUCUCUCCGGAAAUCCGGUUAUCUGAUUGCCCUUCCUUCGCCUUCAUCUUCGGUAACGUUAAGGCCAGAACCACAUCCUACGAGAACGUCACCUUCAUGACUUGCUCCGAACACAUACAGGAAGUACAGGCUCAAGUAACAUUUACUCUACCUUACUUCACACUUGAUCAGUCUCAUCCACCGAUCAUUGAUGAGAGUACAAUUCGUCUUCUUAAGAACAGCACCAGUGGGCUCACCGCCAUCAAGAAUAAUGUUAUAGACAAGAUUUUCCACUCCUUUUUUCAUACUCUUGUCUCCAGCUCCGACGCUACUCCACCAGAGGAACUUGUGGGCCCCGCAAAUGCAGCCAAACUGUUUAAUCAUACCAACUAUCUAUACAAAAUGCAAAGCGCUCCGCUCCAACCGAACCCUAUAUACAAUGCCACCAUCGCCCUGCCAACCACUCGUCUAAAAAUGAACAACGGCAGUAAAGUCACACUUCAGAUCCUUCUGGCAGUCAUGUUCGUCUGUGGAAGUCUUGCCUACCUGCUGACGGACAUGCGAAGAACCUUACCGCAUAACCCGUGCACGCUUGCAGGGUCCAUGUCGCUGCUGGCCGGUAGUGAGAUGGCUUCGAGGGCUGUGGUUCAUGAGGGAGCAGAGUGGAUGAGUGAUGAGGAGUUGAAGAAAGCCGGGGUGUUUGAAGGCUACUUAUUCAGUCUUGGGUGGUGGAACGACUGA